UGACGUCAAAGUGGAGUAAGGGGGAGGUAAACAAGAUGGCGACAGCCUGACAGCAGCUGCAAUUAGGAGUGCAUACCUCCAGCUAAUAUUUAUACCGAAACCAAAAAAAUAUAUUCUUGGUUACAUAUCAGGUGCGACGUGUGACAAACAUCUGAGCGUCAAGAUUUCUUUUGGGGCGAGAUUUUGUUUGUUUCAAGAAAGUCGAGCAUUUGGUAGAUUCUCGCCAAGUCGGACGUAUACUGCAGUAGUGAUCUGGAUAUAUAUAUAUAUUUUUGCAAACCAGCAGUACCAAAGAAGACCUUCUGAAUGUGAGACAUCGCUAAACCCUUCUGGGGGAGGAGAGAUAAAGCUAGCUGUUUGUCAACACUACAGCUCAUGGACUUCUGACACAGGCAUGCCCAGCAAGUCAGGAUUUGAACCAAAAAUAUUUUUGCAGGAUUUUGCGUUGCUUCAAGUCCCUAGGAGCCUAUCAGUGGAAUGCACCUACAAAGUCAAACUCCGACUGGAGUUAUGCUAUUGACGUUUACCAUAGACUAGAUCCACUACUCUGGACUUAAGGUUUGCUUGUCCCUUAGUAUAUUUCUAGCUCUCUGCUGAAACCCCAAGUCUCCAAUUCCUUGGAAGCAGUCUGAUCUUAUGGAGCUUAGUGUUCAGAUCUGAUAGUAUCACACUGGAUCAAGCUUGUUUUCCUCAGAAUAUCCUGGAUCAAUGUGGCGAUAUUGUUGUAGUGUCUGAGUGCUUUCUUACACUCAAAGUUCUGGAAAAGUUUUUCCAGUGUUUUUGAAUUGUUUUCUUUCUUGUGCCGAGUUGUCAUUCCACACUGCUGGGGUGUGAUCUCUGUGGAGGAACUGUAGCUCUGUCACCCUGGGAAAAAGAUGAGUACGGACGACCUGCAGCACUUGGACUACCUGCCAGAGAGCGAGCUGGUGGGAAUGGACACUUUUAUCCAUCGCAUCGAUUCCACCGAGGUGAUUUACCAACCACGCCGCAAGCGAGCCAAGCUGAUCGGCAAGUACCUGAUGGGAGAUCUGCUUGGUGAGGGCUCAUAUGGCAAAGUCAAGGAGAUGCUGGAUUCAGAGACUCUGUGCCGAAGGGCGGUUAAGAUCUUAAAGAAGAAGAAGCUGAGGCGAAUCCCAAAUGGGGAAGCGAACGUCAAAAAGGAAAUUCAGCUGCUGCGACGACUCCGUCACAAAAAUGUGAUCCAGUUGGUGGACGUGUUGUACAACGAGGAGAAACAGAAGAUGUAUAUGGUGAUGGAGUACUGCGUGUGUGGCAUGCAGGAGAUGCUGGACAGCGUACCGGAGAAGAGGUUUCCUGUGUUCCAAGCGCAUGGGUACUUCUGCCAGCUGAUAGAUGGCCUUGAAUAUUUGCACAGCCAGGGAAUCGUCCAUAAAGACAUUAAACCAGGGAAUCUGCUGCUGACUACGGAUGGUGCCCUGAAAAUUUCAGACCUGGGGGUGGCGGAGGCGCUGCACCCCUUUGCGGAGGACGAUACGUGUCGGACCAGUCAGGGUUCGCCGGCGUUCCAGCCCCCUGAGAUCGCCAACGGCCUGGACACCUUUUCAGGGUUCAAGGUGGACAUCUGGUCCGCGGGUGUCACAUUAUACAACAUUACAACCAGUCUCUAUCCGUUUGAAGGAGACAAUAUCUAUAAGCUUUUUGAGAACAUUGGCAAAGGGGAGUAUCACAUCCCUGAAGACUGUGGGCCGCUGCUAUCUGAUCUACUGAGAGGAAUGCUUGAAUAUGACCCUGUAAAAAGGUUCUCAAUACAACACAUCAGACAGCACAACUGGGUCCGUAAGAAACACCCCCCGUCAGAGCCGCCGGUGCCCAUCCCCCCCAGUGCCGAGUGCCGAGACCCUUGGCGGAGCAUGACCGUGGUGCCGUACCUGGAGGACCUGCACGGUUAUACUGACGAGGACGACGACGUGGAGGAUGACGAGUUCUUCGAUGGCGAGGAUGAGAUCAUCUACACUCAGGACUUCACAGUGCCAGGUGUAGCUGUAGGUCAGCGGUGAGGAACAAAGCUCAUGCAGUCACAAGGUGUAGGAAACAGGAAAUGGAAGACAGGAAAUGGCAGAGGAAAUGGGAGACCGGCAGGACAAAAAGACUGUCAGAAUGAUUUUAAUUUUCUUUUUUAUGCUUAGAACUGAUGAAUAAAACAUUAUUUUAAGAUGUAUUUCUUUUGAAACUGUUGGCAAGAAAGCCUUCAGCAAUGGAGCUUAAAUUAUUCUCCUAUUCUAUUCUGAAAUGGGUUUCUGUUGGAGAAUGGAUUGAAAAAGGGAACGUGUGUGAGUACGUGUGUUCAUGCUCUCGCCUGCGUAGGGCUUUCCAGGGGCGUCAUUUCUAUGGGCUGGAAUGAAGGCGAGCGUGCUGCUCACUGCACACUGUAAAUAGCAUGGUUUAGCAUGUAACAGUGGUCAGUGGGUGGCCAGCAUUUAGGACGCUUAAUUGCCAGUGCGUGACAGGCUCAAGUCUCUGAAGUGGAAAAUGUCACUGUCAGCUACAGCAAUGUAAAACAUAGUAAUUCAGGGUGCAAGGCGUGUAGAAAGUGCAGAGUGUAGGGUGUCACACGACUCGUACUGUGACAAGUCUGGUUUUGCGGCUUUAUGUAUGCUGGCAAUCAUCAGACCGUUUCAUUCUUAAUCAAAAAACCAAGUUCCUCUUGCAUCAAACGGACGGCUGUUCUGUUGUGGGAUGAGUGUUGGACCUGAUAGGCUGAAGGUUUGUUGUGUCAUAAAAGUUGACUCUAAAGUUGACUUUUUACAGUCUGGAAGAUCUGAGUAAUGGGUGUCAGUGAUGCAUGAGGUAGUCGGUUACCCUUUGACCUUUCGUCCCAGGUCAGCCCCAGUGUUGUGUGCCCACAGACCAGUGGGCACAUAAGACUGGGUUUCCGGGGGAUGGAGGAUUCUGCUGUAGCUUAUUUCUUCCAGUGUCAGUGACUUGGCUUUCUGGUAAAUCUGUUCAGUGUUUCCUUUGAUUAUAAUGUUUGUGCUGAAUGGCAGGCCGGUCUAAGUGGCAUGACAUCUUGGGAGAAUGCGGAGGUAACAAUUGUGUGCUUGUGCCGCCCAUCUCCCAGUGAUUUGCCUGCCGCCUCCUGACUCUGGCGUCUCGCGAAUGAAUCACCGUGAGCCGCAUUUAACCGGAAAUCAUCUUAAGCCGAUGCUGCUUCCUUCUGUUUUUGUUCGUUUUUUUUCCUGCCUUGCAAGCACAACGCAGAAUGAUGUGUCUGUUAAGUGUUUAAUUCCGACGUGAACGGUAGCCUCUUGUGCUUUGUUUUCCGACAUGCAUACCUGGGUCCUGAACCACGAAGAUGAGAACUUAAGGUAGUCUGAGCUAAAUGUAAAUGAACAAAGACAAAGGGCGUUUAAACUGGGGUAGCUUAAAUCCGACAAGUAAUCUAGCUAACCAACAAAUAUUGCUUUGUGGCAAAUCCCUAUAGAGCAUGGUCGGUCUCGUAAUCUGUGUAUGAAAGCAAGGAUGCCAUUUUGUUUAGGUAGAAUCUUCAGCACAUUAUGGGAUUAUGGGAAAAAGUUAAGAUGGUACAGAGAUGCAGUGUUGGGUAUUUCAGGUCCAGAAAUUGAGACCCAGGAUUUGUUUCUACCAACCAGUUGAGCAUAGAGAGUCAGUCACAGAAUAGUCACCUGGUUAGAAGAAGCAAAAUCUUGAUCUGGAUUUGUAGCUUCUGGACCCGAAAUGCCCAACACUGCAACAGUGUGUGUGUGCAGUUCUGUUCCUGUUGGCGUCUUUCACAUUUUUCUAAAUGCACAUCAGUUUAAAAAAACAACAGAAGACCUCUUCAAGAGAUUCAUCUUGAGUUUGUGCUGCCACCUGAAAUCUGCUCUUGAUCAAAGUUGACUUCAGGCUGUCAAGUCUUCAGUGUGAUCUUGGCUGCUUUUUUUUUUCUUUUUUUUUUUUUAAAGUGGGGACGUCUCCCCAGAGGGGGUGUGAGAUUCAGCCCCCUUAGCUUGAGGCCUUGCUGCGGCCUUUAGUAGUCUGCAUCACGCGUCAGUCGUCUCCCCUCCCCGACUGGGUCCAUCUCUCCUGCUCCCCAUCUUCCUGACUUUGGCUUUGAACUGCAGAUCUUUGAACUGCCGCUGCAGUGAAGUCGCUAUGAUGACUGAAGGACUUGUCUCACUGAGGUCAUCAUCAGGGGCUUCUUUCAUGUAUUCUGUCUGGGUGGUGUUUACCUACCUGUGCAUUCAUAGGGUCUGGGAUGUCAGUACCUUUGUCGCCUGCAGGUCGAUGCCACUGAGUGUUUCUGUUAGAAGUUAGUAGUGUGUGUGAUGUGGGAACCAGUGUUACGGAGUUGAGCAGACAGUUCUGCUUCCUGGGUGACCAGUGUCGUUUAACUUUCUCUUGCUGUCUUGGUGUUCUUAAUGACUUCUUGUACCAGGGGUGAUUCUUUUAAGGCAGGAUGAAUAAGAGGGAGCAGAAUUCAUACAGUGGAGCCAACCUUAUUAGCCAAUGAUAUGUUUUGAAUUGGUGAGUGACAGGGGAUGGGAGCCAAUCAGCUUUGGAGAGCGACAGCGACGUAAAACCGAAGAGGCGCUUGUUUUCUGUUCACGGGGUGUACAUGGCGAUUUAUUAUGUGUUAAUUUCCGCCAAUUUACUAUGUGCUAAUUCGGUGAGAAUUGGAUCAACACUAUUCGCAUCAAACACUAUUGGAAUUAGCAUUCGUUUGCGUAAAUUUGCAUCACAAAUUCGUUCCGUUCAGCUGUUCUAUAAUACUUCAAGUUCCGAGUUAUCAGAAAUGCAUCAGUACAUCAUGAUGUGCAAUACCACUAAUAAUGAAUAAUAUUAUAAAAUAUGCCCUUUUUCAUUCAGAUAAUCUGUGCAUAUUGACACAGAUCACCAGUAUCUCUGUACAUUUCGACCAGUUUGUUGGAGACACAACUAGCCUGGUCUGGUCAUGCAGGCCCAUGUCAGCAUGGGUACGACUCGGAUAAUUUACAGUGGAAAACAGUCACUUUGCAGUAUGGCUCAGUUCUUGGUGGCAGUGGAAACGCACCAUAAUAUACUCAGAAGUACUUGACUUGGUACGCUAUCUUUUUGUGCUGUUGUGUUUUAAUCUGAUCACAAAGGCAAGGCAGGUACAAAUAGCCUGAGGCCCAGUGCCAGUAUGGUCAUGGCUGAACUACAAGGGUGUCCAGCAUCCCCCCCCCAUGUUAGUGCUGAUGAUCCUGCUUGAUUGGACUCCCCCUGUCAUU